AUCACAUCACAGAGACUGUGUGUUACAGGAUGAUCGUAUACAAAACCAUUUUAAAGGAAUCUUGAAUAGUAACGAUUGCACAGGAUUAUUUCCUCUUUCAACUUUCUGUAUCUGACAUGCUGAUGCAAAAUUUGUCUUUAAACAUACCAGGCAUUUUGCAUUUUCACUUCAACCCAGCCUAUCUCUCUCUUUCCCUCUUCACAAGUAUGUGAAGAUUCUUCGCUACUGUUUUGCUCAGCAAUUCAAUGCCAUAGGUUCUCUAUUGUCUCUGUGAAAUUUUCCUAGAAGCACCCUUUCAAAGGUUUUUUCUUUUCUGAUAUUUGUCGCAAUACAAUCAACAGAUGUUUCAAAAAGUCGGGCAAAACAGCUUAAAGAAGAAAAGUGUGGUGAUCUUGAUGGAACCAAUGGUUCUUGGAAAGAAGAGUUAGAAACUGCAGUUAAAAGUUAUGCCUCUGUCGUUACAGAACUUGAUGUUGCAAAGCAAGAACUGAGUAAAAUUCGGCAGGGGUAUGAUUUAUCCUUAGAAGCAAGAGUUUCUGCUUUCAAACAAGCAGCAGAAGCGGAAGAUGCAAUGAAGGCCAACAACAAAAGAGCAUCCGAACUAUCUAAAGAAAUUUUGGCUGUAAUGGAAUCAAUCGAUCAAGUUAAUGCUCAAUCUGUCCAAGCACAUUUGCUGCAAGAAGAGACACAAGCCAAGCAAAAUGUUCUAAGACAAUCAUAUGAGGCUGCCCUUGAAGAAUCCAAAAGGAAUUUGCUUGAUUUAAAGAAGGAAUUUAAUCCAGGGCUUACCAAAAAUCUAGAGUUGCAGCUGACUGAGACAAUGAAUGAGAUAAGCGUUCAGCAAGAACAAUUGGAAAAUAGAAAGAAAUCAGACUUGGAUUCUUUGAAGAGUGUCACUCUGGAUCUUGAUGAUGCUAAGGAAUCACUGCAGAAAGUAGCAGGACAGGAAGAGUCCCUUAGAGCCAUGGUGGAAGCUCUAAGGAUGAAUCUGGAGAAUGUAAAAGGAGAACACACUGCAUUGAAAGAGAAAGAAUUCAAAACUGUUUCCUUUAUUGAGAAUCUGCGGGUAGAGCUCCAGAAAAGUGAGUCUGAACUUGAGUCCCACUUGGCAGAAGAAUCUAAAGCUAGAGGUGCAUCAGAAGAAAUGAUCUGGAAAUUGAACCAGUUGUUGACAGAAACUGAAAAUGCAAGGAGGGAAACACAAGAUAGGAAGAAUGAGGCUGCACAAUUGAAGAUGGAAGCUGUAGUCACUAAACUUGUUUUAGAAGAUGCCGAAAUAAAGCUCAAAGCAGCAUUGAAAGAAGUAGAAGUAGCAAAAACAGCUGAGGCAAGUGCUCUUGAACAGAUCAGGAUCUUAUCUGUGAGGACCAGUGAUUCUGGUUCAUCAACUUGUGAAUCUGGUGCAAGAAUUACAAUCUCAAGGGAGGAGUUUCAGUCCUUAGUUCAUAAGGUUGAGGAGUCUGAUAAAUUAGCAGAUAUGAAAGUGGAUGCUGCCAAAGCACAGAUGGAAGCUACAAAGGUGAGUGAAAAUGAAGUUCUAAAAAGGUUAGAGGAAACUAAAAAGGAAAUUGAGGAUAUGAAGACUGAAACACAGGAAGUCUUGAAAAGGGCUGAGAUGGCUGAAGCAGCAAAGAGAGCAGUGGAGAAUGAGCUGAGAAAGUGGCGUGAAAGAGAGCAGAAGAAAGUAGCAGAAGCUGCUUCUAAAUUAUUGGCUGAAACACAGAUGGCAACAGAAUUAUCUCCUCAGCACUAUAGGAUUCAAAAGCAGAAUUCACUACCAAAGGUGGAGAUGAAGAAGUUAGAGAAAGGGAAGGUUUCAGUUUCAAAGAAAGUUCUCUUGCCUAACAUGAGUGCCAUCUUUCACAGGAAAAAUAACCAUGUUCAAGGAGGACCUUCUUCUUAGCUUCUGAAAUCUGUCAGAAACAUAAUGAUUUGUGUGAAAGUUGAGAUUUUUGUCAACAUGGUAUGAGGGAAAAGAAUUUCUAAGUGUCAAUAGUUUGGUCAUAAGUAUUUUAUUAAUGUAACUUGCCCAGUGAAUUAUUGUAUAUUGCUACCUAAUGUCUGAGUAGUAUGAUGAACUGUUCUAUUCUGUGGCAAGCAUUACAGUGAUUAUAAUAACUAUUAAAAACCUAUAUCUUCG